AUGACCCUGCGCUCCUCCAACGGUCUGUAUUCCAUGAGGGUGAUACACGAUUAUCUCGGUCUAUACGCGGAUUUCAAAGGCGAAUCAGAUCAGAUUUACUGGAAGCACACUGCCAUGGAAGCCAAAGCUCAGAUCGAGGAAGGGCUCGGGCCGAUUUAUGCCCGAGUCGACUCGGACGGGUUCCUGGGCCUCUACCAGACGGAGAAAGCUCGCGUCGACGUCAUGGCCUUCACGAGCUUCUACCGCGGGGUCACCGGCUUCCGGCGUCUCCGACUGGACCCCGACGGGAACCUCCGGGCGCAUUUCUGGAAUUCUACCAGCUGGGUCACCGAGUUCGAGGCGAUCCAGGACUCGUGCGAGCUGCCGAGCGCGUGCGGGGCUUACGGCUUCUGCCAGCCGGGGAAGGGGUGCUCGUGUCUGGACAACCGGACGGAGUUUUCGGUCCCCAGCGGGUGUUCCGCUCCGGAAUCCGGCGACUUCUGUGGCGGGAGGGGUGGGGCAUUUUGGGAAUUGAGGAAGAGCGGCGUCGAUCUGCUGCACAAGGAGCUGAUGGGGUUUGAGAAAGUGGGGUCUUUUGAGGAAUGCGAGGGGUCCUGUAUGAGGAAUUGCAGCUGUUGGGGAGCGGUUUUCAGUAAUGUGUCGGGUUUCUGUUACCGAAUCUGGUACCCGAUACAGACGGUGCUGGGGUUUGGGGAUGCGACAAGAGUGGGAUUUUUUAAGAUACGGUUGGUAGGAAAAGGAAAAGAGGAUGUGGGUUUUGGAGCUGCAGGGGUACUUUUGGUAAUUGGAGGGGUUGGGGUUUUGGGAACGGUGGUUGGGUUUGUAGUUUGGCUGCGGUGGUGGAGGAGAAGGAAAGAGAGAGAGAGUAUGGAAGGAGAUGACCUUUCACCUGGGCCGUACAGGGAUCUGAAGAAGAGCCUGAGGACGGACAGCUUCAAAUCGGUAGAGCUCUGCCGAAGGUAA